AUGGUUACAGUUACUUCAUUAUCUGUAACUAUAGGAGAGGCUUGUUCUGAGUGUCCCAAAGAUCAUGUAUGUUCAGCUGAUUAUCCAGGAUUGUGUGAGCCCAGUGACAAAUAUGGUGAAGCUGAUUCCCAAAAUUCCGAUGAUUCUGCUUCCGAACAUUCUCAUGAAAAUGAUGCCGGAUAUUAUGAAAAGAAAUCUGAAAAUUCUGAUAAUGAUUCGGAAAAUUUAGAUAAAUUUGAUGAUGAGUUAGAUGAUUCUGGUUCCCAAAAUUCUUUUGAUUCUAAAUCCCAAUAUUUGGAUGAUUCUGGCUCCCAACAUUCUGAUGAUUCCGAUUCCCAACAUUCUGACAAUUCUGAUUCCCAACAACCUUAUUAUGAUUCUGAUUCCCAACAUUCUGAUGAUUCUGAUUCCCAACUAGUUUAUGAUUCUGAUUCCCAACAUUCAGAUGAUUCUGAUUCCCAACAAAUUUACGAUUCCGAUUCCCAACAUUCAUAUGAUUCUGAUUCUCAACAUUCUGAUGAUUCUGAUCCCCAACUAGUUUAUGAUUCUGAUUCCCAACAUUCGGAUGAUUCUGAUUCCCAGCAAGUUUACGAUUCUGAUUCCCAACAUUCUGAUAAUUCUGAAUCCAAACAAGUUUACGAUUCUGAUUCCCAACAUUCAUAUGAUUCUGAUUCCCAACAUUCUGAUAAUUCUGAUUCCGAAUCUUUGGAUGAUUCUGAUUCCCAACAAGUUUAUGAUUCUGAUUCCCAACAUUCGGAUGAUUCUGAUUCCCAACAUUCGGAUGAUUCUGAUUCUCAACAUUCUGAUAAUUCUGAAUCCAAACAAGUUUAUGAUUCUGAUUCCCAACAUUCUGAUGAUUCCGAUUCCCAAAAUUCGGAUGAUUCUAAUUCCAAACAUUAUGAUGAUUUCGAUUCCAAACCUUAUGAUAUUCCCAAUUCCCAACAUUAUGAUAAUGCUGGUGUUGAGAGACCAAAAGGGAAAAAACCAAUUGAACUAACGAUAGAAUCUGCUGACGGAGUUGACAUUUCAAGUUUAUUAGACUCACCAGUUAUCAAGGACAGAGGGAUACAAACUAAAAAGCGGUGCAAAUCUCGUAAAACUGGGCGAAUCAUUGAGAGAAGAGUUGCAAAAUAUCCUGAUGGAAAAUACAGCAUUUCUGAUUUGUUGGAGGGUUUAUUGGCUGGUAAGGGUGGAGAGAAAAUAUCAAAUCUGUUGUCACAGGACGGUUGAUCCAGAACUUUUAAAUCAUGCAAACUACACACAAGAGAAAUCUUAAUCAUGAAACCAUGCAAAAAAUGAAAAUUGCAAUGUUUAUGUCCGUGAAAAUUUCUUGAUUUUAAAUAAAUAGAUAAAUGUU